ACCAACACACACCACCACCACCACUGUCCACGAGCCUCAGACACACUACACAAUAACGCCCCCCUCCACACAAGCUCGUCUAUUGAUUCCUCCUUAUAGCAGACAAUAUGGUUGGUUUUUUUCCAACCUUUAUUCUCACGAUCAUUCACUGUUUUGCUACUCUCAUUCUACACUCAAUUACUUCUUUUGCUAUUUUCAUUACCACACUCAAUCAUUGUUUUGCUACUCUCGUUAGCACACUCAAUCACUGUUUUGUUACUCUCGUUACCACGCUCAAUCACUGUUUUUCUACUCUCAUUGCCACUCUCGAUAACUAUUUUGCUACUCUCAUUACCACACACAAUCAUUGUUUUGCUAAUCUCACUCUUAUUUUGAAUAAUUGUUUCUCCAAUCUUACACUUGCAUUAAAUCAUUUGUUCGCCACCCUUAAGGUUACAUUGAAUCACCGUGGUGCUAAUGUUGAUAACGGGGAUCAAUUAGGUUGCCGUGAAAUUUACGAUGGGAAUGAUCCGGUGUUAGAUUUGUGGUACCACCUAGGAGCCCAAGCCGGAUUAUUGGGACUCGUGUUGAAAUCAAUUGUGUUUGCUUUGAUGUCUUUCGCCAUCAAACCUUUAGGGCGUUACAUUGGAGGUGCUAGGAGGUUGUGGGGAGAUGGCAAUCUUGUUCUUGCUAUUUGCCUCAGUAUGAUAGUAAUGAUCACCAAAGUGGCGGAGCAUGAACACCGUGCUAAAGUUGAAUUAUCAGGCCCAUAUGCCAAUAUGCCCCCCUUCUGGCAUUAG